AUGGAGCGAACCGGCCAACAGUAUGGCCGGGUUGCGUACUGCCCGUACAGUGACUCCAGCUCGUCGGAAUUGCAAUCCUACGUGCGUCCGUUCGACACGGUACGAGCGCUACACGAAACGGUCGUUUCAUUGCGUACGGCUCUCGAGGAGUCGCGUCGCGAGGUUGAUCAGCUAAGGCAGCAGAUAAGCGUGCGAGAAACGGUAGAGCAAGGUAAAGUCAGUGCCAGUUUCCGAGCCGUCGAACUGUCUGACGAUCCGCGAAAACAACAAUCAACUUAUGGUGUAGAAAAACCAUCCACAUCGGGGCUUCUUAAGCAGCCAUCAAACCUGAACGCUAGUCGUGAGUCAUAUGAAGACAUCUCAACGACUGCAGUGGACGAUAAAAAGUCUAAAAAAACAAAGAAACGAAAAGUUAAGACACAGCCACCACCGUUAGACGACAGCUGUUCCAGUCCGCCGGCAGUGGAGGAAGAACCCAAACGGGUAGAAGAUCCAGUCCGACCGAAGAAGACACCGGUCAAGGAUGGUAGCUCUGCGGCACACCAGAAAGUGUCCGUAGUUCCCGACAUACAGAUAGUUUCGCAUCCCGGUGGCGGCACACAUUCGGCCAUGGCGUCACGAAUAGACGUGAAGAUCAAGGUGUCUUCCAACAUCAACAUGGAUGGCAGUAGUUCCGAAGCGGAGAGCUCCGAAUGUCUAAAGGAGAGCUCGCCCACAACGCCCGAUGCCGCAGCAGAUCAAACGCCGGAAGAUGACGAAAAGACGAUUGCUGAACCGGACGAACGUGUACCGGAUGACGAUGUGACGGUACGUGAGGAAGUACUGAAGGCGGACGGUGUGGAGAACUUGCGCGUGAGCGUCGUCAAUGAGGAACGGUUGAGUGUGAGCAAAAGUUCGGACGCCAUCAGCAUCAAGCAGAUCUCGUCGGAGAAUCUGCAUGUGGACACCGAUCGGCAAUCGAAUGCCUCCAUCUCGGAGGGAGAUAAUUCGGUGUUUGCGGAAGAUCCGGCUACUACCGCCCAACCGGACGGGGAAACACAAGGCACUGGACCGAUUACAGGUAGCUACACGUUGGCUGACCCUUCCGGCGAUUCUCGGCGAAGAAUGAAGAAAAGCGAAUCGGAAAACCAGGAGGAGGUGGACGAUAUCGAGUUGAUCUUCUCGUCGGACGAUAAUGCGAAGGACAUCACACAGGAGGAUCUGGUGUCGAUAUCGGAUUACGAGCCGUGGCACGAGGCCGGUCAGUCGGGCACUCCGGUGCUGGUAAGCUUCACCAAUUUGGCGUCUGAUCAGGAGAAGAUGAGCUCGCUCGAGCGCAGCGACAGCGAGGUGGUCGAGGGCUACGAGCUCGAGAAGGGCAAAAGCCUCGAAAGCCAAGACUCGCUCAGCAUGGACAACAUGAAGAAAAGCAUGGACUUUAGCACAAAGUCGUCCAGCUUGGAGAAGGACACGAGCAUGGACUAUGGUGCGUCCGGUGGCAGCGUAAUCCCCGCCCUGUGCCGUGCUUCGAGCAGCCAGGAUGACGAUGGUAAGCAGAGCGAUAGUUUCGAUGUCGCUGGUACGAAUACACUGGCGGCCGCCGGUGCGCUGGGACGUCGCUGGACCAACUACAACGUGCUGAUUGAGACGGACAUCUCCAAGUGUGGCAUCACGGAGGAGAACAUUUUGGAGAUGGGACGUCGCAACACUUGUCCAAAUCCGCCCGCCUAUCGUCCCAUCAUUCAUCCGGGCAGUCGCAUGCAACCGACCGGUGCGGGCACCAAUCGAAGCCCACUGGCAGUGAAGUUCUCCCGUUCGCCACGCACCUACUCACCGCACCAGUAUCUACCGCCGGGGAAAACGCUCCGGACCGUGAUAGCGGCUGAAAGUGGCGUUCGAGGAGCGACCGGUGACGAGGUUAAGCGCUCCCAGGCAGCUCAAACCGAUAUAUCGGCCCUGGCACAGCAAUGGCGCUCCGAAACCCACCUAACCGGCUCCGAGUACGUGCCGGGGCUGUAUACGCUACCGUCGAAGUUUGUUCCACCGACACCCGGUGGAAAAGGUAAAUUCCCACUCAGACCGUCGGACAAGACGCAGGAAGCCCGCCGGGUGCUGCUGAGCGAUAUUAACUUUACCAGCAUGGUACCGGAGCUGUCCCGAUCGGCCGAUCACCUCUGCCAGCAUCAGCAGGACGAGAAUGGUGACCCGAACCGUUCGCCCAACUACUGCAAGGGAAACCUGCUAAGAACACCGGAAGCCACCAAAGGCAUUCCGCCCAGCUUCAGCAUGACCUCGCCGGGCGUAUCGCAGUGGACGGUAAACGAGAGCAGCAUUGCCACCCAAACCACCCAAACGGAUGCGCUGUGGACGAACCGGGGCGAUUCGUUCGACUCGUCGAAAAGCUACUCGGCCGGGUCGCGCUAUUCCACGCUCAGCAAACAUCACCGCUCGCGCAGUGUGCCCUCGAUGCGCUGCGCCAUCUGUCGGCAAACGCACCAAAACACUGCACUGAGACCGUCGGAAAGCAUGCACUACACACCGCGCGUCACCUUCCAGGAGCAGCCGGUACACAAAAUACGCGGUUCGCUGCCCGACCUACGGCACGAUUGCAACUGUCCGCGCCGGUACGGUGGUCCGUCGCUGUACCGCAUCCACGGCGAUUCGGGCGGAUCGACGGACAGCUUGCUGGAGGAGGCGGAAGAAUUUCUUCGCCGGUCGCUCGAAGGUGGCAAUAUGCUGGCGAUGGAGGACUCGCUCGGACAGCUUGACGUCGGUGUACCGCCGCCGGCAACGGCCGGACUGCAGCCGCACGUAACUUUUCACGCCGCACACGCAGUCCAUGCCCAUCCGCCGCUGCAUCAUCCAACCGCAAAACACCGUCGGUGCUCGGAAAAUGACAUUCAGAGGGACUACAUUCCCUCGAAGCAAGCGCUACCAUUUCUGCCAAAAACGCCCAAAUGUCUCAAGCCGGGCCAUCUGGCGAAGGUCAUCUCACCGAACGGGCGCGUCAUAGUUGGCCGCGUACGGUACAUUGGUCCCGUUGCCGGUACGGACACCGACGAUACCUACGUUGGGUUGCAGUUGCCGAACAAUUUGGGCGAUUGUGACGGUACCAUCGAUGGGAAGCGAUUUUUCGAAUGUGAACCACUCCACGGUAUCUUCGUGCCGUUCAAGAAGGUCGUCAUGGCCUGGAACUCAUAAAACAAAACACAACACCCAUCCGAUACGCAAAAGGAUCGCCCCGCACGUGCAAGCGAACCGAACUUGUGGACUCCUCGCACAAGUGGACGAAGAGAUGAAAGCUUCAACAUGAUGAAAAUUAGCAAAAACGAAUGAACAACAACAACAGUUGAGGAAAAUGGGGGAACGAACGGGAAACCGUACCGUUGUGAUACUGGGAAGAACGAAUGAUUGAUUGUUUUUCGCCGACUGGGCAAAAAGGAGGAUCGAUGAAAAUGAUGUCCGGGAAAACAGUUAUUAAAUGCAUGCUCCGGAAGGACUUCGUGCGGUACGAUAAAAUGGAGAUAAAUGAUAAAGUGCAAGAUCAAUGCUAGUACACCGAUUUACGUAACAACGCUGACAAACAUUGACGAUGUCCGUUCUCCAAGAAGAAAAUGUUUCUUAAACUCACUACACACUUGUGCGUCGUGAGGUUACCUUUAUGUGUGACUACUUUAAGCAGGAGUCAAAAUGGAAGCAAAAUGGAUACAAAACAAAACCAAAAACUCUCGAUCUUAAAUGUUGUGAGGUGUGCUAAGCGACCUUAGCACAUGAAAGCCUCCUUUCCACCACAGACACUUAUUAGCUGUGCCGUAACCGCUCGGACUAAGUACAAUAGAAUGUGUCCUAUUUUUGAUAUCGGUGUUUGUAGUACCCAGCAACCCUUACCCACACACACAGCUCAAGCAUUGUUGUUAUCCCGUUUAUAUGUGUGUCUGUUUGUACAUGUAUGUUCGGCAUGUUUUGGCGAACCUGUGGGAAAUCUGAUAAAAGCAUGCGGACACAAGAUUUAAUACAAGAUAGGUUUCGAACAGAUGGAAACUCAGUGAAAAGAGAAUAGAAAUUUGCAGUAAAAAGAGAGCAGACAGAAAUAAAGGAAAUUGCCAUAAUAUUUGUAACUAUUUACAUAACAUGUUGAUACAGUAUUAUACUGUGUACAAUUUUCUAUUAACACCGUUUGAUACGAAACAUUUUAUUACAUUUGUAUUACGGUUCGUUCGUAUUCCUUUGUCCAGUCAAUCAAUUUAAUUUUGUAAGCUUUAGUUGAAAUAAGCGAAUUUUUAAAAUCUCCUUAAAGCAACAAUUC